CUGGAUUCUGGUCGGGAUGUUGUUUUAUGUGCCGGGCGCAUGCCCCCACAAGAAAUCAAAAUGUGGAUUGGCUGUGUGACGCGUGAAUAGAUUACAUUUUAUGAGCGACAGAUUUAUUCUCACACUGAAAUGAAAAGAGGACUCUUUAUUGAUGCAUGUAGGCUAUCCCAGAAUAUUGGCUGUAAGAUUAUGUUUUUUAAGCUCUCUCCCUCCUCCACGCCUUGCUUGUUUCUCCCUUUGCAGAUGUUGCCUCUCUGAGCACCUUAUCAGGUCCAUUUACCUUUGCGGGCUGUCCGCAGCCACAGCUCGUCACACAAUCACACAUGGCGUGGAGGGGAACAGUGGAAGCAGAUCUUUCUGCUGAUCCCAGCACCUUUUGAUAUUAAGGGAAGCACCAGCAGAUCCUUGAUCGGUUCCCUCCUCCCUUUUUGCCAAUCGCCAUCCCGCGACAGCCUACCCGGAGGACAGGAGUCGGGGAGGGGAAAGCGAGGACACACCCGCACUUACUGUACCCGGUGUACACGGUGAGGAUGCUGCAGACAACACGAGGUGAAUAUCAGCGACUGCCCCAAAUUGAAAUUUUAUUUUUUUUGACCUGCUCUGAAGACAGAAGACCUGAUUGUCGCAGCUGGUUCUUCAUCUUCCUACUACACCAGUGUUCAGCAGGAACAUCAACUCACAAUAAGAUAUGAAAAAUAUGUCUGCAGUCAGAUCCUAGGUGACAUCCUGUGGCCGUCAGGUCUUUACGGCGUUGAGCCCCCUCCCUCUCCUUGGCCCCUGCCUGCAGUUCUCCAGGCUGCAGGACCCAGACUUACUGAAAAGUGCAGGCCUCCUCCUCCUGCAGAAUGACUGUUGCCACAGGAGACCCCUCUGACGAGGCGGCUGCACACCCGGGGCACCCGCAGGACUACGACCCGGAGGCCGACCAUGAGUGUUGUGAGAGGGUGGUCAUCAACAUCUCAGGGCUUCGCUUUGAGACUCAACUCAAAACCCUCUCCCAGUUCCCAGAGACCCUGCUCGGGGACCCCAAAAAGAGGAUGCGGUACUUUGAUCCGCUUAGGAACGAGUAUUUUUUUGACAGGAACAGACCCAGCUUUGACGCCAUACUGUAUUAUUACCAAUCAGGGGGCCGGCUAAGAAGGCCGGUCAACGUCACUCUUGAUAUUUUCUCAGAGGAGAUUCGCUUCUAUGAGCUGGGCGAGGAGGCCAUUGAGAUGUUCAGAGAAGAUGAGGGUUUCAUCAAGGAGGAGGAGCGGCCUCUUCCUGAUAACGAGUUUCAGAGACAGGUGUGGCUGCUGUUUGAGUACCCAGAGAGCUCAGGUCCUGCUAGGAUUAUCGCCAUAAUCUCUGUCAUGGUCAUCCUGAUCUCCAUAGUCAGUUUCUGCUUGGAAACCCUCCCCAUUUUCCGCAAUGAUGAAGAUGACAUGCACAAGUCUCAUGCAACAGUCUUUUCACCUGAGACCAACACCACAAUCGUCAGCUAUACAUCCACAUACUUCACUGACCCCUUCUUUAUCCUGGAGACUCUCUGCAUUAUAUGGUUCUCAUUUGAGUUUCUGGUGCGCUUCUUUGCCUGCCCCAGCAAAGCAGGCUUUUUUGGUAAUAUAAUGAACAUUAUUGAUAUUGUUGCUAUCAUCCCUUACUUCAUCACUCUUGGCACAGAACUAGCAGACAGGCCAGAGGAUGGUCAAGCGGGUCAGCAAGCCAUGUCUUUAGCCAUUCUCAGGGUCAUCCGCUUAGUACGAGUCUUCAGAAUUUUCAAGCUCUCACGUCACUCCAAGGGGCUUCAGAUUUUGGGUCAGACCCUGAAAGCCAGCAUGCGAGAGCUCGGCCUGCUCAUUUUCUUCCUCUUCAUAGGAGUCAUCCUUUUCUCAAGCGCUGUCUACUUUGCUGAAGCAGACGAGCCCGAGUCACAGUUUGAAAGCAUCCCAGAUGCGUUUUGGUGGGCUGUGGUGUCCAUGACAACAGUCGGCUAUGGUGAUAUGGUCCCAACUACGAUUGGUGGAAAGAUUGUGGGUUCCCUCUGUGCCAUAGCAGGUGUGCUGACCAUUGCCUUGCCCGUGCCUGUCAUUGUGUCCAACUUCAACUACUUCUAUCACCGUGAGACUGAAGGUGAAGAACAGGCGCAGUACCUGCAGGUCAACGCGCCCAAAGCCGAUUCAGCCGAGGAGCUGAAGAAGAGCCGGAGCGGCUCCACCAUCAGUAAAUCGGACUAUAUGGAGAUCCAGGAGGCUGUUAAUAACAGCAACGAGGACUUUCAGGAGGAGAACCUUAAGACAGCCAACUGCACGCUGGCCAACACAAACUAUGUAAACAUCACCAAAAUGCUCACAGACGUGUAGUCAUCUGCUAUUUUCCUCCCCGUCUCAGCAGGAAAUGUGGAGCUGAGCAAUUGGACAGGACAGGUGUACAGCCUCCCACCUCACGUGCUGGAAAAAUCAAGGCAAUAGAAUUUAGGACGUUGAUGAUGAUGAUGAUAGACAGUGAAAAAAAUAUUACAAAGACCGUUCGCACACUUCGCGCUCAUCCUGUCUUCACCCCUCACAACUUGCCCUUAAAACUCCUGAUAACUGUCAAACAGAGUGAAAUUUCAAAUUUUGCAUUUCUGCAUGGAGUUGGCUUUGUCUGCGUAGCUCUUUAAAAAAAAGAUAUAACAAAACCUCAAAAUUCCCUGCUCACAACAGUAGCCAACAGUAGUGCACAAAAAGAAAAGAAAAAGGGGAGAUACACAGCAAGAAAAAUGUUUUUUUUAUCGCUUUCAAACAGAAAAAAGCAACACAACACGAACCCUGCUUUAGUCCCCUGUCCAUUGGUCCCUCAUUUCCCAAGGCACACUGCUCUGCCAUACGCUUUCUGAAGAGCCCUAAUCACGCGCUACAUGUGCUGCUUCCUGGAGCUAAUGAAACAAAACUGUCUUAUGCUACACCAUUUAGAAAUAAGAGGAUGUGUGAGCAUAAAGCAAGCCCACUCCUGUGCCGACAUGGCCUGUGGGUGACUUGUGACGAGGUUGGUGGUUAAGUACACCACGCUAUUUCAAGGAUGAAUGACAGCCAUCAGCACUAAGCUUAUGGUUCGACACCUUUUUUCCCAGCAGGCAUCAGUAUCUGAUGAAUGACUGAGAAUGGCCUUGACUUUUCACUGCUUUGGUCUUACAUGUAUGACUGUAUGUAUUGCAAUGCAAGCUUCCCCCCUUCCAUUCACCUAAAACUGGUCUUACUGCAGAGCUUUGAGGACAACUUGAAUGUUUCUUCUUGUUUUGUAAGCUUUUCACAGUUUCUCACACACACACACACACACACACACACACACACACACACACACACACACACACACACACACACACACACACACACACACACAGUACUUAUUCAUAUAGAUAGGUAGGCUAACUGUGACUUGGCUAACUGAUAGCUGGUAGGAAGGUAGGUGCUGUUAGUAGUAAUCAUAGCCAGUAGACUUUGCAUGACAUUUAUCUGAUUGAGAAUUUCCACUCGUUUCUCGACUGCCACAUUGCUUCAUCACACCACUGUAUAUUUGUAUGUUCACUGCCUUCUACAGAAAUCCACACUUUUAAAAGGAUGCCUGCAGGUAGCUGUGACAAUAACCUAAAGCUAUAUGUUAGAGGAUUUCUUAAGGAAUAACCAUAAGGCCAUGUCCUACACUUAACUGGAUGCGGUGUCCUUGUCAAUAUUAACAUUCCGUGUAGAAGUCAUUGCUGAUAAAACUUUAGCCAGGUUGCUGUAAACGUAUCGCAGCUGAGCUGUGAUUUCAGGCGUAAACUCACACUCUAGGACAUUAAUCCCAGUUGCAGAUGUGAUAGACUUGCAGUGCUGUGUUUUUCACAGGUUUGUCACACGAUCACGUCCUCAUGAUCAAAAUAGCAGCUUUUAAGGACUGGUGUAUUGACUAAUGCUUCCCCCUGAAUUGCCUUUUAUCUGGGUUUACGCUUCUCUCCUAGUGUUGCAUGAACUCAAAAACAUUCCUAGAAGCAUGCAUUUAAGGUCAAAAGAAGAAGCCUCUGAGACAAAAAAGUAUAAUAAUUACAAUAGAUAUAUUUAUUUCUUAAAUAUAUAUAUAUAUAUAUAAAAUAUAUGUAUACAGACAGUACACAUAUACAGUACACAUAUACAGUACACAUAUACUUUUAUCAGAGAAUUAAAACUUUAAAUAGCAAUGUUUAAGAGAAAACAAGAGCCUUUCCACAAUGCGCAGAUCAUUGCCAUGUUUUUAUUUUUAAUGACAAUAAUAAUUGUUACGUGCACUGUUCUCCUGUUUCAGAGCCUGUUCCUGUUAAGAGUGCAUAAGACACACUCUUACUAGCCCGUUCAAAAGCAUUGUCUUUACUGGUGAGUUUUUCAGCAAACCUCGCAUGUGGAUUUAAACACAAAAAAAGUUCAAAAGGUUCAAAACUGCCUUCUGUGAAGUAGUUGUUGAAAGGCAGGGCUUUUUCAAAACUGUAUCAUCCCUAACCAGAAGCUUGUACCAGAAAGCUCUUUAUUGGUGUUAAAUUGUUUAGAAUUUAAAUGGAGUCUGGCUGUCCUCUGAGAAGUCUUUGAUGUCAGAUGCUCAAUCUGUCUUUAAAAAUUGGCAUCAAAUGUGAAUUAGGUUCUGAUUCUAGGAUUGUGUCCAGCUGAGAUUUUCCACUGUUCGCUCAACACUGCCAAGUUAACACUCAAAGGCAGUAACGUCAAUAUGGGAAGUGAUAAUUAGCAUCAGUGUAGCAAACAUUGGCUAACCUGGGGUCCUCUGACUUCACUCCUGAGUCUCUUGCCUUUCUUCAUCUUUUCACAGAUGUCUUAGGUAAUUAGAAAGGCGAUCGAUUAGGUCUGUAGCAAGAACUGUCUAAAUCAAUUCAGUCAUGCCAGGAUGUACAUCUUUCUUCUUAGGGUUUCACUCUGCUCACUACAGUCUUUAACCUGCAGUAGCAAAAUGUUUUUAUGCCAUCGCUGCCAAUAUGUGCUCAGGAUGCCUCGUCCAACUGCCUGACAUGAGGCUUCUGAAGUAGUCUCUCUGUCUAGAUCCGUAUCUGCUUUCAUGUAUCUUGAAAGGAUUCAGAGAAUUUUAGUAUAAAUGCUUGAGCUGUUAUGUUUGUUGUUUUCCCAAGAGUAGCAUAAAUGUGGACUGAGAUGUUAAAAUGGUCAGUAACUUGAGGUAGGACCAGAUUAAAUAGUUAUUUAGCAAUAUUCCCAUAAUCCUUUGGUGGAGGGGUAUGUGUGGAGAACAUACACUUUGAAAAAAGAAUGAACCACAGUCAUACCAAGAUCUUGUUGAUCAUCAUUUGAGUAUUGAUGUGGAUGUGUUGAUGCACAGCUAUAUAGGAGUUGUCUGUGCAUGUGUGUGUGUGUGUGUGUGUGUGUGUGAGAGAGAGAGAGAGAGAGAGAGAGAGAGAGAGAGAGAGAGAGAGAGAGAGAAAGAGAGAGAGCCACUGAAUGUCUGUGUCUUAGCCUGGUUGUACAGCUGCAUUUAUGCAAUAGCCAUUUGCAUAUCUGUAUAUGUGAAAAAAAAACACUCACAGUCUGACCAAAAAUAUUUGUCUAUGCAUGCAAAUGCAUUGUAUCUUAUUGUCUUCACUACAUUAUUUUGGACAGAUAUUUAGGAUACAUGUUACUUGCAAUGUAUGUAAAAAUGACACUUGCAAGAUGUAUCUGUUAUGUUUGAAAUUGGGCACAUUACUGUACCUCAGCCAAAUUCACUGUAGCAACUCACAUACUGGAGUUCACAAUGUGACAGUUAUUUCUGCUUAAAGCACAAACACGAGUAGAAUCUUCCUCAUCUCUACACCUGCAGAUUUAAUCUGUAAAACGUUUUAUUCCGUGGAAACAAAGUAAAUUAAAAUUAUCCUGUGUUGCUUUAUAAGGAGCACCACCGCCUCUAAAAGUAUCAUCUCUCACCUGCUGAGGGACCCACCAGCAAAUCCACACCAUAAGAAAGGGUGCCCAACAGUGAAUACACUGAGAAAUCUAUGCAGAGAAUGAUUAUCAGCUGGUAGUUGAGAGGGUUUAAGUACAGAAUUUUUGUGUUUAUUCCAGCACCAAUUACAUGUUGAUCGUGAGAGCUGGCAGUGCAUUUGGAACAAACACUUUGCAAUAUUCUGCUGCUGAACGUCAAACACUCAAAUUUUAGCUGAAUGUGAACAUGAGCUUUCUGAGCUUUUGGGGUUUGUUUGAAUUGCGAUGUCAGCUCUUCGAGACAAGGCUCCUAUACGGGAAACAAGAUCAAUAUGCAAUCUGUAUGCAUGUGUGUGUUUGAGAACGGAUGUUUUCUUUUCUUUUGACCCCUGAGCCUGAAAGUGUGGCAUCCACUGAGACAAUAUGUACAGUUAUUCACCCCCCAUCCUCCCCCAUAUCAUAGAGGCCUAAAAAACAUCCAUCAACGUUGGUACAGUGGAUUAUGGAUUUUCUUUCUAUGAAAUGAAAUGAAAUGUGACAGAAUAAUGUAAAUAAUAACCAUUGGAUGAUGGAGCAAAAACCAUGUACUAUAUACUGUAUGUGAAGUCUGGAUUUAAAACGUAGUAUUAUCUGCACUUUACAAGUCAAAAAGGACAAUCUAUGGACAAGAAAAACAUGUGAAAUUAAAAAUGCAUUUAAUCCUUCCAAAUGAUCAUAUCCCUGACAAAGUAAUGAAGUAAAAUAAUGAAGCCAAUAAUAAUUCAA